CAGGGGCGGACUGACCAUUUGGAAACUCGGGCACUGCCCGAGGGCCCGGGGUCAGUAGGGGGCCUCAUGAGAUGCCCCUGGUACCUUUUCAUAGGCUUUUUUGAGUUUGGGCAAGGACACAGGGGCCCCAUGAUCCCCUAUUGCCCGGGGGCCCCAUGAGUUGUCAGUCCGCCCCUGGUUGUACCACUCUGCAGUGGGUUCUUAAUACAGGCGUACCUCGGUUUACGAAUUUAAUGCAUUCUGAGGUAGGGGGCCCCAUGAGAAACCCUGGUACCUUUUUCAUAGGCUUUUUUGAUUUUGGGAAAGGACACAGGGGCCCCAUGAUCCCCUAUUGCCUGGGGGCCCCA